CUCGUUUUCUUCUUCCUUGUCUUUUGAACAUGCGCAUGGCAAGAUGAAGUUUGCCAAACAGUAUACAGAGGCCUAUAGGGAUCUUCCGCCGUCAUGGCCUGCGUUUCAGUACAAGGCAUUGAAGAAGAAUAUCCGAAGAAUUGUUCAAGAAUUGGAGGAAAAAGGGAUUGUCGUGCAUGAUGCGCCGAGGUCCAGUGGAAUGCGACAUUGUACGAUCGACUAUUUUCUUGAAGGGAACCUCGAGCCUUUUAUUGUCGUCAAUCUCCAAGAUGAGAUGCAGCCAGUCAAAGUACCCGAGACUGAUUUGCCACCAUGUCAAUACAACAAGGUGGACCCCUUCCCAUUAUUGCAGGUCAAGGAUGAGGACGAGGGGUUGGCGAUUGAAGUGGGGCCAGGGGCGCCCUGUGGGUCUGGGUCAUUGCGGAUAAAAAUUACCUCGAGAUCCAUGAAGAAUUUGAAUGAGUUUUUCCAGACGUCUGGGGGUGAGAGUCCUGUGGAGGACAGCCCAGUAGAGGACAGGAAGGCUGUACCAGCUCCCUCGGAACCCAUACCGGUUCCUUUUGCGCCGUCUGUAGCAAGGAGGGGGAGUAUUAGUCGUAAUGACUCGUCGCCGCCAACACCGACACUUGAUAUACCCUCCGCGCGACAGCGACUGACCGUCAAUACAGACAUGUUUACCAGCCUGGAGGAAACAAUGCUGUCCCCGGGUACACCGCCAGAUGAAAGCGGUAGUGUCAAACUGUUCUUGAAGACAGACCACCAAUUCUUUCAUGAACUCGCUACGGCUGUCAACUCCAUCGCGCAGUUUGAAGACUCACUCAAGACGACGUUUCAAUCCAACCUUGAUACCCUCUCCGAUUACCUGUCCACUGCGGCCUCCCCGUAUAACAAGGACAUGUAUGCAUGGCGAAAGGUCCUUGCCGCGUACCUCGAGUCAGAAAUUUGGCUUAUCAAUGGAAUCAAGGACCGACCGGUCAUGUCCUCUCGAGAGCAGCUGGCUGCUUUUGAACGUACCGCACGAGGAUCCCUUCAAAUGACACUAAAGUCGUCAUCAUCUACAGCGGCGUUAAAUGUGUUCUUGCGAAUGAAUCGCGAAAUGCUGGCCAUGAAGCAAUUUGAUGAGAUUAAUCACACCGCUGUUCGAAAGAUUUUGAAAAAGCACGAUAAACGAACAAGGUUGACGGCCAGCACAGGGUUUGCAAGAUUUUUGGAAGAGCAGUCUUUUUUUGUAGAUAAUAUUGCUAGAGCGAUUGUCUUCACCAUUCAGGAGAGGCUCGUCACAGUUAUUCCGCAACCAGAAGAUUACUCUUGUCCCAUUUGUCAAGACGUUUAUUGGAAACCCAUCCGCCUGGUCUGCGGUCAUGUGUUUUGCGUCCGGUGUCUGGUAAAGGCCCAAGUACGCAAUGUCAAGAACUGCCCCGUGUGCAGACAUGUCGACGCUGUGGAAAAAGCGACGGCAGAGCAAUUGGAUGUUGCGCGUAUGAAUAUGAUUAAACUGUAUUUUCCAAAAGAAGUUAAACGUAAAGCUAUAGAUAGUGGACGGGAACGGGCUGCCGAAGAUCUUCAGACCAUGUUUGGUGAGAUUGUGCCUCCCCCCAAUGAUUCGCAGUCCUCAUGCCUUAUCUUGUAAACUUGAUUUGAGAAGGAACUGUAUAUAUAUAUGUAAAUCCAAGUUUGUGUAUAAGUUUUAUGUUUUAUUAAAUUAGGUUUUUUUUUGUUUGUGAGGAUUUUGUUUAUUCAUAAUGGUUGAAAUCUUAAAGGUAGAAAGGUUG